AUGUAUGGGACCUGCAUAGCUAUAGCGUUCUUCGUCCUCAAGCAGAGCUUGCAGAUGUUGGACAUCCUCUACAACAUGAAGAGGAACAAUAACCGAAGAGAAGAGAACGUACCGAUACUUCCCGAAAUCCGCGGUCUUCAUAUAUUCCAAGGCCUGGAGAAGUUGAAGGGGCCUGUUAGACGGAAGACGGCUCUGGAAUUGCCCCAUUCAUAUGCAGAGGUGGAGACUCCAGAACCUACGCUCUUAUCAGAUUAG